AUGUUAGCCACUGCUGGAAUGAGAAUGAUUCCUCAAGAAGCUCAGGAUGCAAUUCUCAAUAAGCUGAGAACAUCUGUUCCGUCUAUGACGAGUUUUGUCUUUGCGGAGCAGAAUGUCGGAGUUAUUACUGGAAAGGAGGAAGGCAUUUAUGCUUGGAUAGCGGCGAACUAUGUUCUAGGCAAACUGAAGUUCACAAAAUUUGGAAACAAAAUCCCUUCUACUGGAAUUAUUGAUAUGGGUGGCGGUUCAAUGCAAAUUGCUUUCGAAGUUCCAAAAGAUGCGAACAUCGAAAAACACGACAACAUCGCACACGUGUCUUUAGGAUCGACUGGACUUGAUUAUGAUCUUUUCGUUACAACCCACUUGGGAUUUGGUGCUAAUGAAGCUUUGAGACGACAUAUUGAGACUCUUCCAGCUUCCGAUGAGAGUACUUCUGAUCCUUGUUUCCCUGCGAAUUUCGUUGGAGACGUCCAUGACCGAUCCAUCAGCGGAACAGGCGACUACCAGAGCUGUUAUUCCUCCCUCAAGCCUCUCCUUGAAAAAUCAUCUUGUCCAGCAGACGAUGAGACAUGCUCCCUUGCUGGCUCGUACCAGCCAUCUCUUUCCUCCGUCGGCGAAUUUUUCGGAUUCUCCGAGUUCUAUUACACAACUAGUGAAUACUGCGCUACAGAGUGGGAAAAGUUAGAGGAGAACUGGAAAGAAGGAAUGUACAAGGCAGAUGCGAAUAGACUCAAGAAUCAAUGCUUCAAGUCUGCUUGGGUUUCGCUCGUGCUACACGAAGGUCUCAACUUUCCCGAGGAGGGCAAGAAGCUGACGAAUGUUCAAACAAUCGAUGGUGCAGAAGUACAGUGGGCAUUGGGCGCCUUGAUUUAUCGCACUCGUUAUCUUCCUCUUCGAAACGCGCAGCCAAUUGGAGCUUCAACUCCCUCUUCUCACUUUGUCGAGUCCAAAUCCAACGGCGUCUUUUUCUUCUGUAUCGGAUUAAUUAUACUUCUGUCAAUAGCCCAAUACCGUCGAAUCCACUCUUCGUCUAGGUCUCCGUACACUAGACUUCCCUUAUCCCGCCCUGAUUCUAGAGUUAUCUAG